GCAGCAGCAGCAGCAGCAGCGGUCGCAGCCCUAAACACAGCAGCAGCAGCAGCAGAAGCGAAGCAGAAGCCGCAGCAACAGUACCAGAAGUCGCUCCUUAGGCAGAGCAUGAGCGCAGCCACUCACUCUCCAAUGGUUCAGAUGGCGACCAGCAAUAGCGGCAACGGCGGGGAGCGAGACCCCUUGCCCCCCGGCUGGGAAAUUAAAAUCGAUCCACAGACCGGUUGGCCAUUCUUCGUAGAUCACAACAACCGGACCACUACAUGGAACGACCCACGCGUCACCCCCGAGGGGCACAAAGAAAGUCAGUCAUCAGCCAAUGGCCCAUCUGAGGAGAGUCCCAAGUUGCCUCCUGCUAGGGAGGGCACCCUCGUGUAUCCCCAGCUUCGUGCUGGCUACAUACCCAUUCCAGUUCUCCACGAAGGAUCUGAAAACCGGCAGCAGCACCCGUUCUACUCCUACCAUCAGCCUGGGAUACAGCGAGUGAAAGCAAAAACAACCCCUCUGAGAUCUCAGUCACCAUUAAGGUCCUUUUCCCCAUCAGAAUCCACCCUCAGAAGCUCAUCUGAACCUACACAGACAGAAAAACAGUGUGGAAAGGCAACAACAGCUGCAGCAGCUCCAGCCUCUCAAGGACUUGAGAGAUCCCAGUCUCCAGCUGCUUCAGACUCUUCCUCUUCCUCCUCCUCCUCUGGUCUCCCUCCAUCAGCUGCCAGGAGCACCAAGGGAAGCCACCAGCUUCCCCGAGGCUAUAUACCUAUUCCUGUGAUCCAUGAGCAAAAUCUCCCCAGGCAGCCAGCACAGGCUUAUCAUCAGGCCCAGAAGACUCACUAUCCAGCUUCCCAGGGAGUAGAAUACCAGUCCCAACAGCCAACAUACAGAGUCCAUGCUGAUGACCGGGAACCCAGGGCCGUCCAUGCACAGUCCCCAUUCAAAGUGGUUGCCAGGGGCACAUCCAGCCGGGAAGGAUCUCCAUGCAGAGCUAAUGCAUCUGUACUUUCCUCAUCUCCUGCCCGAGGACACACAGUCAUUGACAGCCCCCAGGCUUCUCAUCUGCCAGGGGUCCGCCAAGAGUCAUCCCCGGUACCCCAGCCUGAAAACAAGCCAGAAAAUAAGUCAAGCCCUGCUGGACCAGAUCUCUCUUCAGGCUACAUCCCAAUUCAAGUUAUUCACAAGGAGGCCGAAUCUAAACCAGUUUCCCAGAAGCCUCCACCUCCUUCUGAGAAGGUUGAAGUGAAGGUCCCUUCUGCUCCAGUUCCCAGCCCCUCUCCCAUUCCCUGCCCUCCUGCCCCUAGCUCUUCCAAGAAUGUAGAUGCCGAAGAGAAGCCACCCUCCCCCAUUCCGUCUUCUCCUGAACCAGCACCACAGAAGCCAGCUGAUAUGGAAGCAGGCCCCAAGCAUCCUGGUGUGAUGAAAGUGGAAGCAAUUCUGGAGAAGGUCCAAGGGCUCGAGCAGGCUGUGAAUUCAUUUGAAGGAAAGAAGACAGACAAAAAAUAUUUGAUGAUUGAAGAGUAUUUGACCAAAGAGCUUCUGGCCUUGGAUUCAGUGGACCCUGAAGGACGUGCUGAUGUGCGUCAGGCCAGGAGGGAUGGUGUAAGAAAGGUCCAGCAGAUUUUGGAAAAACUUGAGCAGAAAGCUGAAGAUGUCCCGGGUCAAGUUCAAGUUUACGAACUCCAGCCAAGCUCCCAAGAAAAUGUUAAGCCCCUGCAGGAAACCAUGGCAGUCAGUGCCACAGCAGUAGACAAAAGCAAGAAGAGUACAAGGAAUGAAAAUGUCCAAAGAGAGUCCAGAACAGAGGUACAGCAGCCCAAAACCCAAGAGGCAGUAGACACCAGUACAAGCACAAGCACAUUGCGUAAUCCAGCAGAACCAUAGCCACCUAUCUGUUCUAAAUAAAAAACUAACUUGGACUUGGGAACUUGACCCUGUGUGCUUAAAGAAAAUUUAAGUUGCAUGCAUUUCAGGAAUUUUGCAGCCACUGGUUUAUACUAAACAUAGCAGCUUUGGGGGGCACAGUAACAGCUUGGGCCAGGGUAGCAGUAGUAGGGAUAAGUACUGGUGGAACCUAAACACCAAAAGGGCUAGAAUGAAAAUGACGCUUUUCUUCUGUAUUCUUCUCUUGUAUAAAUAAAGAAGCUGCUUGUUGUUUCAAAAGGUUAGUCCCCAUACUUGAGUCAUUCUGGUGCCCUCCGUGUACAAGGGCAUGCUAUGUUAAUCUGUGUGCAUAUAGUCUUCCCACAUUGCUUCCUUGGUGGAAGGGAGCUAGGGGAAGAAAUCAAUGUACUGCCACUCAAGAAUAACCAACUUCAACUUUCAACAAGAUUUUUUCUUUCUCUUUUCACCAUUGGAUACUUUAAGUCAUGGCAGAUAGCAGAAAGUAUGUAAGAAACUGUAGUGUUAUUUAUAUGUGUGGACAACUUUCGAUGCUCAAUUUUAAGAAUGGAAAAUAAACCAAGAAUAAUAUAAUAACCA